CAUGACUUUUAAACCCAGCUACCUGGUGACCUGGAACAGAAUCAGUCUUUAGCUGGAAGUUAGAGUUGGGGCAGACUGGGAGAAAGAAGUAAGUGUAUAGUGGGUGACUCGGUGGUGGUUUAGGGGGUGGGUGUGUAUUGGUAGACUGCAGAGGAUCGGAGUGAGUGUGUAGGAUCAGAGAAGGAGCUGGGAGCACCUUCCAAACCUAAGACAUGUGACCUAGAAGACAUAAAGCAGAUAUGUGAAAAUUCCCCACCUGUAAGGUUCUCAUUAAGCAUCUCACUAUCCCAACUCUAAAUAUAUCCCCAUUCUUUCAUGUCCUCUGGGUCAAAAUCCUGGAAUGCACUUUCAGCAUCUAUGGGUAUAUCUGUGCUAUACUGACCCAUAGCAGUUUGAGAAGAUGGCUGACCAACACUUUUAGGACACUUGAGGAUCAGCAAAUACAUACUGGCUCAGCUAGCAAAGUCCUCAUCCCUUGAAUGAAUGGAAAAAAAUACUCAGCCACUGCCCCUGUAGUAUUCCAUAACAACUAUUACAGAUUUGGGAGCUGUGACCCUCAGAAUGUCUUCACUGACCUCACUUGUGAAUGUGAUCCGUCUUUUGAUUUAGCAGCACGUAUUUUUCAGGCAUCCAGUUUUACCUCACUGUUUCCAAAAAUAACUCGACACUUCACAAGGAACUGGUGAUUUGUAAUUACCCAGCAUCUUGAUGUUAAUGAUAAAUGUGGAUGGACUUCUGAUCAGAUACUUUGGCUGUGACAACAAAUUUUGUUUCUUUGCACUUGAAUUUUCUUGACUGAAGUUACCUAACUUUAUAAUUCAAGUGCUUGAACUACAGAGUUAUCAAACCAAAAAUUAAAUUCAUUACAAUACAAACCUUGAUUAAAUAUGAUCACUUCAGUUGACAAAAUGAAUUCCUUCCAUGAGGUGGACACUCCAGGAAACAUUUUUGACAUGAACUAUUCUUCUUGGAAUGUACGUUGCACUGUGAUUGCUGCUGGCUUCCUAUUCUAUUUCACAAUAUUCAUUCUUUCACAUGUGUUAUGCCUUGUAUUGUCUGCAACCUAUUGUUCUCUGCCUGCAAAAGAGAAGGUCUUCUGGAAUCUUGCUGUCACUCGUGGGGUUUUUGGAAUUCAGAGCAUGGUUGCCGGUCUUUGGGCUCUCCUCAAAGAUUCAGAAUUGCACGCUGACAAGAUUUUAGGGCAACGGAACUGGUGUUGGUUCAAUAUCUUAACAGCAAUUGGCUUCUUUAUGUUGGAAAACGCAGCUCUUCAUGGGUCCAAUGCAGUUUUCAAAACAUUUGAUAUGGCUUUGGCUGUCCAUCACUUUUUUGCCAUUACUGGUUUUGCCACCAAUUUGAUGUGGGACAAUAUAGGUCAUUAUUUGCCCAUGAUGAUAUUAUUGUUGGAAAUGAGCACUCCAUUCACUUGCAUUUCUUGGAUCUUGCUGAAGGCUGGUUUUGCACAUCUUCCUCUCUGGAAAUUAAACCAAUGGCUCAUGAUUCACCUCUUCCACUGUCGUAUGAUCCUUACCUAUCAUAUUUGGUGGGUGUGCUGGCAGAAUUUUGAAAUAAUAAAACUGCACGUACCAGUCCCACAGGCAGUGCUGUUUUUUUCUGGACUUUUCCUGCUGACCUUCAUAAUCAAUCCUCAUUGGACACGUAAGAAAACAAUGCAGCUUUUUAACCCGGUUGACUGGAACUUUGUGAAAGAGAAGGAGACUGGCAAGAGGAUGAAUGGCGAAGUGAAGAAGGUUUUGAAGAAAACAUCGUGACUUGAAACAUGAGACUGUAAUUUGGGGGCAUAAGUUAAACUGCAGAAUAAUGUUCUUAAUGUGCUAAAAUCUACAAGUCUAUGCCAUGAUGUUAAUAUUCAUGUCUCUGGCUUUCAAGUCUGACAUCUAACAUGGCUGUAUGUAUUAAUUAUCUCAUCACAAAUGGAUCUUUUUAUACAAGCAAGAUUAUGGAAUAAGUUUCUUUCAAACUGAAUGCAGACAGGUCAAAAAAAGGAUCUGGACGAACAAAGUUCAGAGAUUGGCUUAAGCAGCAACGUGAAUAUUUACUUGCCAAAAUUCGAGCACUUGCCUGACAUCACACUCCGAAGAUUUUAGUUUACCGUAAGAGUAGUGUCAAAGUAAGUUAAGUCUUUAAGAAAGCCCAAUAUGUUCUAGAGAAAAACUGUUUGUAAAAUAGUAAUAAAUCUCCAUAACUAAAGAACGUAAGUAGCAAAAUAAUUCCAAAGCACUUGUGGUAAGUAGUAACUUUAUUUUGCCACCCAAACUUGUUUGGAUUCCUUGCUGUUUAUGUUCUACAUGAGAAAGUUGAUGUAAUGUGAUCUAUUUACACUAACUGUGUAUUGUACCAACCUCACGGAUGGAAUCAACCAAAUUCUGCUGUUACCUUGUGAUAAUACUACAGGGUGUCAUAAUUACAUCACAGAACCCCUACUGUGUAGAAGACGCUGACCCUUCGAAGAGCAUCCCACCCAGAUCCAGCUCCCCACCACAUCCCACAACCCCACAUUUACCAUGGCUAAUCCAACCAACUUAGACAUCUCUGAACACUCCGGACAAUAUCAGCAUGGCCAAUCCACCUAACCUGCACAUCUUUGGUCUUACUUUUGAAUUUCAGUAUUUUAUUGCCUAGAUGCCGGUGUGGAUCAGUGAAACCUAUAUUUUACAUUGUUACCACCACUUGUUUAGUUGGUUAGCCCUGAUUCCCCAGAAUGCUCUGGAUUCAUGUUUCACUCCAAAACUUGAGCAUAAACGCAAGGCUGACAGUUCAGUGCAGCAUUGAAGUACUGUACUGUUUGAGGUCUCCUUUUACAAACAAGAUGUGAAACAGAUACUCUGUCUGCCCAGUCUCGAUCCUAUGCCAUUGUUUUGCAGAAGAACUAGGCCUAGUUAUCCACCAUGUCCUGGUUAGAAUGUAUUCCUCAAAAACAAUGGCAGAGAACAGGAUGUCUGCUCACUAUCAAAGUGCUGUAUGUGGGAUAACAAAGUGUGGAGCUGGAUGAACACAGCAGGCCAAGCAGCAACUCAGGAGUGCACAAGCUGACGUUUCGGGCCUAGACCCUCCAUCUUUGUUAUCUUGGAUUCUGCAGCAUCUGCAGUUCCCAUUAUCUCUGCUGUGUGUGCUGUAUGUGUGUUCAAAUCAACAUCUGUAUACCCUGUAUUAUUGCAGUGACUGCACUUCAUGUAAAGCAGGGCUGGAUGCCAUUAAGGUUUUUUUAAAUUGACAUAGAAUCCCUACUGUGUGGAAACAGACCAUUUAGCCUAACAGGUCCACAUUGACCCUUUUCCCUACCUUAUCCCUGCAUUUCCCAUGACUAAUCCACCUAGCCUGCACAUCCCUAAAAAUUAUUUAGCUUGGCUAAUCCACCUAACUUGCAUGUCUUGGACUGUGGGAGGAAAUGGGAGCACCCAGCAGAAACCCACACAUACAUGGUGAGAAUGUACAAAGUCCACACACAGUUGCCCAAGGAUGGAACUAAACCCAAGUCCUUGGCACUGGGAGGCAGCAGUGCAAAUGAUAGAGCCACCACGCUGCCCCAAAUUAAUGCAGGAGUUGGUCUGGUAACUUCAGACAGCUGUUAAACAUCUGGGUUUCAGCAAAUGAUUGUCUUUGUGCUGCAUUGAUUCAUUUGAAGUGCAUUUUUGUGUAUUUUUAGCUGGAAGAUCCACCAAGGUUUGACAAUGGAAUGCAAUUCAAUAAACAAAGACUACUUAUUGUUGACAUUUUGUUUUAGAGUUGAUAUCAUCAUAUCUCUACGUGUGUGUGUGUGUGUAUAUACUGGCUUUGUUUGUUUUUAAACAAUAAUUUGGCUGUGCUUGGGCUUCAUCUUAAUUAGACUUGUGUCUGCUAUGGAAACUUUGAUUUGGGAAAAGUGGACUGUAGUGGUGCAAGAAUGUGGCUCACCACCUUCUGAAGGGCAGUUAGAUUUGAGCCAUGAUUGCUGGCCUUGAAAGAAGGCAAAAAAAAGAACCAGGAUCUUGUGAUUUGCAUUCUCUGUAGAUUAUAACUGCAAUUUUCCACUUUUGAUGCUGUUGGAUCUGUCACUUCAGAGAAACAUCACACUUUGUAUUUCAACAAUGUAUGUAAUCUACAGCAUUUUGCACAGUGGUCUGACGUGUUUUUGUGAUAGUGAGUUGCUUACUUAGCUUUGUCCUUUUUAAAGGUACUGUCUGAAUAAGUAGUCUUGGUUAAUUGUAAUUAUUUUUUAAAUUGUAGACCAGUGAGCCUAACAUCUGUAGUGGGGAAAAUUCUUGAGUCCAUUGUCAAGAAUCUUAUACCAGUGUUUUUAGAAAGCAAUGGCAGGUUUAGACAGAUUCAGCAUUGAUUAUGAAGGGGUUUUUGACAAUAUAUAUUAAUGAUUUGGAUUAGGGAACAAAAUGUAACAUCUCCAAGUUUGCAGAUGAUACAAUGUUAUGUGGGGUGGUUGGGUGAACUAUGAUGAUGUAGAGAUGCUUCAGCAUGAUCUGUACAGGUUGGUGAGUGGGCAUAUCAAUGGCAGACGCAAUAUAAUUUGGACAAAUGAGAUUAUUCAUUUUGGAAUUAAAAACAAGGCAGAUUACAACCUGAAUGGCUGUGAAUUGAGAGAGGGGAGUGUGCAGCAGGACCUGGGUGUCCUUGUGUACUAGUCACUGAAGGUAAGCAUGCAGGUGCAGCAGUUGGUAAAGAAGGCAAAUAGUAUGUUGGCCUCAUUGCAAGAGGCUUCGAGUACAGAAGCAGGGAUGUGUUGUUGCAGUUGUACAAGGUAUUGGUGAAUAUUGUGUACAGUUUUGGUCUCCUUUUCUGAGGAAGGAUGCUGUUGCGCUCAAGGGAGUGCAGCAAAGGUUUACCAGGCUGAUUCUGGAGAUGGCAGGACUGAUGUAUGAGGAGAGAUUGACUAGGUCAGGAUUAUUUUCACUGGAAUUCAGGCGAAUUUGUGGGUGGGGGGGCGGCGGCGGCGGCGGUCUCACAGUUAUAAAAUUCUAACAGAACUAGACAGGGUAGAUGCAGGGAGGAUGAUCCUGAUGGUGGGUGUGUCCAGAACUAGGGGUCACAGUCUGAGGAUUCAGGGUAGAUGAUUUAGGAUGGUGAUGAGAAGACAUUACUUCACCAAAACAGUGGUCUGCCUGUGGAAUUCAUUACCACAAGAAGUAGGUGAUGUCAAAAUGUUGAAUGUAUUCAAGAUGCGACUAGAUAUAGCACUUUGGUGAAUGGAAUCAAAGGUUAUGGGGAGGAAGCAGGAUUUAGGCUACUGAGUUAAACGAUCAGCCAUGAGGACAGAAUGGCCUUCUCCUAUCUUCUGUGUAACUCCAGGUCAAAGAAACCAUUAUUAAUUGUUUUUAAUCUUAAACUGUUACCAAUUUGUGUCUGGUUGUGAAACCUGCAAUGAUAGACCGUAUUGAGUGAUGGUGCAAGGGUAUAUUAAAGUCCACAGACUUCUGCUUUGGACUUAUGAUCAUUUUGCCAUGGAAAAGAUUUGGGGUUAAGUUGUAUUGACUAUCCUUUUUAGUACUAUGUACCUCUAACUAGAAAUAGAAGUAUGUAUUGUUGGAACAAAGAUGCCAGUGUUCCAUGCUGAUGCUUCAGUUGAUAAUUUUGAUAAAACAAAGACUGCAGAGGGGUACCUAAUGCUACCAGACCUGCUGUGUUUUUUCCAGCACUUUGUUUUUGGAGAUCAUUUUGAUAACAUAGCUGUGGCUUGCAGCAGGCAUUCACACUGCAGGAUGGGAAGGGCUGAAGUUUUGUAAUCUGUUUCAUUCAUUCUUUGGAGGACAGUUGCUGGUGUAAUUAAUAUCUUCCUUAGAUUAAUCCAUAAAUGGAGAACGACUUUGAGGAAAUGGCCUUCUCUCAAUUACUUUGUUCCAUAGGCCAGAUUGGCUAAGGGUAAAUGGCAGAGAGGUGCUACUGAGUGAAACAAAAGCAGUAAACCUACUUUGAAGAUAGCUGCUUCAGGCUGAGUUAGCUGAUUUAUAUUCCUGCAUUUAAACAAAAAAAUGGCUUUCUUCCUCCAACUUGUCACUUUUUAAAAAAUUUUAUCAGCAGGUAUUAAAAUUUUUAUUGCUGUGAUUGACUGACUAUAAUACACUAUGAUAAUUUGACAAAAAAUAAAGCAGCUCAAUCAUU